UUGGGCUCUCACCGAAAGAGAACCAAUUGUGAUGAAAAUCAGGCGAGGUUACAGGGUCGAUAUUUACAUUUGAACAGUCUCGCAGUCGCUUGUGGGUGCACGAGCACGCAAGAUUCCAAAACACUGUCCUCGGCCCGUGUUUUUCGUUCGUAAAGUAAACGAGAUAGUUUCGCAGGUCUAGCUGGAGAAACAUUGAGCCCGGGUCGUGAGACGCUUGAUUUGGGCGGACGGACAAUCUGCUGGCAUUAACGCGAGCGACGAACAUCAAGAGACAAAUAUCGUACGGUAAAAAACAGAAACCGCGGAUACGUGAACCCAAACAGCGCCUUUCCAAAUACGGCAGAAAUAUAAAACAGUGGAUGUCUGAAUUACGUUUUUUGAAUUUGUCUUAGGGUUGUCCAAGGAACUUUUUGAAAUAUGACAAUGUCACCCCUACCCCCCACAUUUCAACACAGCGUAACUCAUGAUAAUGCCGGUCUUCUGAGAUGUUGCUACGUAUAAUUUAUUUUUAUAAAUUUACCGACGUUUCGGAGGUGAUCAUUACCUUUGCCAUCAAGGACCGCGAUAUUAAGAGCCUCUGAAAAGUUGGUCAAUCUCUGCCACAGUACAGGACGAAACGUCGCAGAAGACUAUUCCCUCGAAAUAAGACGUGGACGUCAGAAAGUAGUUGGUGGUUUGCGCCGUGGUCUGACCGCAAAGCGCUCGUGAACGGAUUAUGUUGAAAUUUGGGAGGAUUCCAAGAUGAGUGAAGAAGACGCUGUAUCUGUAGUCGGCAGCCAGCAGAAUCUGGUACCAGUAAAAUCACGCAAAACAAGUCUGAAGAAGAAAUGGCGACUGGAGCGCCACUUGCUGGCUGUGGUGGCGAUUUUGGUGAUCUUGCUGGUCAUCUUCUUAGUCAUCAUCAUAAUUCUGGCCUGCCAGAACAAAGCACAAGGAAAGGCAAAUCUAACAGGUCAGCCAACAUGCAACAGUAAAAUGUGUAUCGCAUCAGCAUUCUCACUGCUGGAGUCAAUGGACCGAUCAGCUGAUCCCUGUGAAGACUUCUACCAAUUCGCUUGUGGCAAAUGGGGCCGAAACCACCCGGUGAGGGACAUGGACGUCUCGAACACCUGGUUCAACGAGCGGUCUCUUUUCUUGCUGAGACAGCUCAGAGACCUCCUCACGUCGAACAUAACAAAUUCAGAACCCAGAGCCGUCAGACAAGCAAAGUCGCUGUUACGAGCCUGCAGCGAUCUUGGUGCACUGGAACAACUUGGGCUGGACCCCAUCACGCAGAUCCUGCAGAAUCUGAGUCUGCCCAAACAAAUACCAAACGCCCAGACAGCGCGUGGAUGGGACAUCGCUACAACUCUCGCUCUGGCUCAGCGACUCAUGAGUCUGGAUCUGCUGGUGCAGCUCAGUCCAGACGUCGAUUCUACAGAAAAUGGGAAAAUUGUUCUGAAUCUGAGUCCACCGACGGAAGUCUCGACGCUGAUCCAGCUCCUGGUGACAGAUCCUGAGAACCUGCCCAGAGCUAUCAGACUCAACACCCGAGAGAUUGUUAAAGCCAAGAUGACGUUCAUGAUGGGGAUGCUGGAAGAGAUGGACUCCUGGGUGAAGGAAGAGUUUGACGAAGACAGACUCAACAAGUCGUCAAUCGCGUCAGCUGUAUUCAAGAUUCUGCUCUUUGGUGCAGAUGUCAGCCACGGGAUCACCAUUGAUGACGCAAACUCCAGCAGCAGUAGCACAGUGCAGAUCACUAUCCAAGAGUUGCAGCGACUAAUGGACUUUAGUUCGAAGGGAGCAAAGAAUAACCAUAAGAUUAACUGGAAACAGUACUUCACAGUGCUCACAGAUGGCAUAGAGAAGCCGUUCAACAAAUCGAUCGAGACUGUGACGGUCACAGAUCUUGCCUACUUCGUCAACCUUGCGUCGGUCAUCGCCAAUUCCAGAUUGGAAACCAUCCAGCGGUACGUAUGGUGGCAGGUGCUGGAGGUUCUGGCGCCACACACGAACAAGGUGAUGCGGGACCUGCGCAACCAACUGCUGGAGCAUAUUUAUGGGACCUUACCAAUACCUUCCAGGUCAACUUUGUGCCUUCGCCGGGUGAAGAAAUUGCUGCCGAUGGCUGUCAGCUAUACGUUUGCCGUGCAGGACGACGUUGCCAAUACCGUCUCCAAGGUGUCAGAAAUGCUGCAGGACAUCAAGACUAGUUUCAAUUCCCUCGUCCACAACGGAGACUGGAUCGAUCCCGAGACUAAGAAAGCAGCUCAAGAGAAAGCGGAAGGCAUCACCAGUUUCAUCGGCUAUCAAGAAUGGCUCCUGAAACCUGGCCAGUUGGAUGAGCGUUACAGUUCGCUGAAUCUGGAGGAUAAUGAGUAUCUUUGGAACAUCCUCAGGAUCAAGUCCAAGGAAGUGCAGGACUUCCUAAGGUCACUGCUUUAUCAGUCUGGAAAACAGAAGAACGACAGAAUGAAUUGUUGCUAUUCACACGCUGCCAGCUGGAAUGACAUUGAUCCUCUUCAGGUGAACGCUUACUACAGCCGCACAGAAAACGCAAUAAUAAUCCCAGCUGGCAUCUUACAGUUUCCAUUUUAUGAUAGGGGUCUGGAAGCUCUUAAUUAUGGUUCCAUUGGAAGCAUACUGGGACAUGAACUUACCCACGGCUUUGACAUUGAAGGAAAGAAUUAUUGGAAAGAUGGAAGCAAAGUGUCCUGGUGGAAUGCGGACAUGUUGAAGGCCUAUGAAGAGAGGGCAAAGUGUUUCGUGGAUAAAUACAGCCAGUACGGCUCAGGCAGUAGCAAGCUUGAUGGGCUCCGUACUCUGGCGGAAAACAUAGCGGAUAACGGAGGCAUAAGGGAAGCAUACAGAGGUUAUCAGAGGUAUAAGGAACGGCAUGACGUAGAACAGGUCUUGCCAGGGUUGGAAGAGUUCUCACAUGAUCAGUUACUGUUCCUAGCCUUCGCAAAUAUUUGGUGCCUGGAUGAGGGGCCAGAUUACGAAGCAUUAGCCACCAAAGAUAGCCAUAGUCCGGGAAAAUAUCGAGUUCUUGGUUCACUGUCAAACUCACCAGAAUUUUCUGAAACGUGGAACUGUCCUCUGAAUUCCCCAAUGAAUCCUUCUGACCGCUGUAUCAUUUGGUGACUGUUUGUAUGUAUGAACUCUGCUUCAAAUGCAACAGGGACCAAUGUCCGUACAUACCUCAAGUCAGGGAAAUGAUUGUUAUCGCAAGUAUGAAAUAUUGUUGGUUAAUUAUUAUCCUGUUUUGCUCCAGAAAGAAUUUUAACAAUUCAUGCAUAAUUCACAUGCCAUAUUUGAAGCGAUGGUAUCAGAGAAAUUUGAACGAGAUCGCUGGUACACAAAAUUAUACUGCAGUUUAAAUGGGACAAUCAGACGGCAGAACUCAAAUUAUUUAAAGGGAAAGAUCUAUUUCCACGUCUCCCUCUCUGUAUUUUAUAACUUCCGUGAAACUUUUAUGAAAGUUGAACAUGAUUUUGAAACUAAGAUUUGUUUUGGUUACAGAUUUCAUAGAUUGUAAUUGUCAUACAUAUGAUUACAGUUGAUGCUAACAAUUGAAUGAAAAUGGCUCAGUAACUUAAACUUUGUGAGAAACAAAAAAUAAUUGUUUUCCUACAAGAGGAAGAUGCAUUGAAAAACAACCUAUUUCAGGACAAAUAUUUCUGAAGUUAUUAGAAACUCUGAGUUUACUUUAUGAUUUACCCAUGUAUUUUAUAUCUACUAAGUGUGUGAUAUUGGUGCUUAGCCGUACAAAGUCAUCAUAAAUAUAUUUUUACACAAGUCUGAAUGUUUAAUAUAAUCAAGAGUGUGUUUGUUUUGUGAAGAAAACCUAGUUCUGUGAUAUUGAAGGUAACAAAGUAAUUGUUUAUUAUUUAAAAUUUUCAGGGGACUGUCAGACAUUGGAAAUGACAGAUACCUUUUAAAAGACAUGCAAAGCGUGAUAAUAAAUUAUUAUUAUUAUUAUAUUACUUAUGGGUAUGUAAUUAAUUUAUCUCUAUAUCAUGAAAAUUAAAUAUUAAAAUUAAGGCAUAAGUGAAAACAGACGAAUAUUUCAGAACAUAGGAAGAAAUUAUACAACUCAUAUUCUUCAGUUGAAAACAGAACAAGACCUUCACUUUAAUUUUUGCUGUAUUUCAUCAUUACUUUAAAAAAAAUUAAAGUAAAAUUUAAUAUUAAAAGAUUAACUGCACAAAGUGUUACAUUGCAAGUUGUCAUAUGCACUUAAGUGUUUUCAUUUGAAGAAGUGUGUGUACUUUGUUCAGGAUGGUGUUGCUUCUUGGGAAACUCAAAAAAGCAAUGUCACAUCAGCCCCUUCAAGUAUUUAAUCUUUCUUGUUUGCAUUUGAACUGACUGAAUAAUACUAUACUUGAAAUAUCAUAAAGAAAUUAUUAUUCUG